UGCUCAGUGAGACACAGCCUGUAUAAAAAGGCAGACCAGCCAUCGCAGAACGCACUCCCCUCUCACCCUGACACAACAAGCACCCAGACGACUCAGAACAGAACACUUGCAGAGAUGGCAAAGGUAUUCAAGAAGACCAGUAAAAGUGGAGGGCUGACCCUGUGCCUGGGAAAGAGAGACUAUGUGGACCACAUCUCCAAAGUGGACCAAGUUGAUGGCGUGGUCAAGCUGGACACAUCGGACUUUGGAGGCAGGAAAGUGUUUGUGCAGCUGGCGUGUGCCUUCCGGUACGGUAGUGAAGACCUGGAUGUGAUGGGCCUGUGCUUCAGGAAGGACCUCUGGAUCCAUCAGGUCCAGAUCUACCCAGAGAGCAACAAGCCGACUCUGACCGAAAUGCACAACACUCUGAUGAAGAAGUGUGGAGACAACACAUACCCGUUCUCUUUUGAAAUUCCCAACAAUCUGCCCUGCUCCGUCUCCCUGCAGCCUGGACCAGAAGACAAGGGGAAGGCUUGCGGCGUCGACUUUGAGGUGAAAGCGUACCUCGCCAACGACAAGUGCAACGCCGAUGAAACGAUUGACAAGAAGGACACCGCUCGCCUCAUCAUUCGUAAAAUCCAGUUCGCCCCCUCUCAGGUGGGCGCCGGGCCCAAGGCUGAUAUCUGCAAGGGCUUCAUGAUGUCGGACAAGCCCGUCCACCUCGAGGCCUCUUUGGAUAAAGAUCUCUACUUCCACGGCGAAAACAUCCCAAUCAAAAUCAAAAUCAACAACGAGACCAACAAAACUGUUAAAAAAUUCAGUGUUAGUGUGGAACAAACCACAGACAUCGUCCUCUACUCUGCUGACAAAUACUCCAAGCUUGUUUUCAACCAAGAGUUUGGAGAGACAGUGGAGCCCAACAGCACCUACGACAGCACUUUGAGCAUCAUCCCCGUGCUGUCUGACAACAAGGAGAAAAGGGGACUGGCAUUGGACGGGCGACUCAAGGACGAGGACACCAACUUGGCCUCCACCACUAUGCUGCGGCCGGGUGUUGAAAAAGAUGUGUUGGGCAUCCUGGUUUCCUACAAGAUUAAAAUCAACCUCAUGGUGGCUGGAGGAGGCCUGCUGGGUGGCCUCACUUCCAGUGAUGUCACAGUGGAGCUGCCGUUGCAGCUCAUGCACCCCAAACCUGAAGAGUAAAGGUUCAACAUCAGUAGAGGAUGUUACCCUGGAGGUCGAAAAGAAACCCAAAGAAAGACAGGAAGACAAUCAGAAGUAACGCUAAACAAAGAAGAAGAAUGAUGUGACUGAUGAAAUUAACCUAUAUGAAACAAUAACAAAGUAACAAACUUAAGUUGAUUCUCUUUUUGACCCCCUCACAGAUUUUGUUCUUAUUGUUUUUGUUGUGUGAUUAAAUCAAUUAGCUGUAGAAUAAGUAUUCUGUUUGAUAGUUCCUGACAUUUAGACACCAAAGACUUCUGUCGAAGCAUACAAAAAAAGAAAAUAGAAUCCUUUUCCCCUUACUUCAGAGUGGAGUAAACCGUGAACACGGUUGGAAGCCUGUAAAAGCCGCUGGGCUUUGGACGUGGUCACUUGUUGUUUUUAACGGCACUUUUCUCUUUCUGUAAAAUGUGUCAGAUUUUGAUUUUGAUGCCAGAUCCAAUAACC